AUGUCAUCUCUCCACAUCUAUCACAUGGCUAGCCAUUUCUCAACUUCUGGAUUCGUUGCUACAGUAGUCCUCAAUUCCACGUUGAUAUUUCUCACUAUAUUCCAUCUUCGACAAAUCCAUAAAACGUAUAAAACAUUGCUUGUGAUAUUCGCUGCACUCUGUUUGAUUUUUUCUUUUAUCGAAAUGUUGGUUCAUCCAUUUUAUCACUCUUACAAUGGCGGUUUGAUUAACUUCAAUAUGGUUCGAUGGGAGGGAUGGUCUGAGGAUUGGAUUACUGUAUUAGUCGCUUCGUAUUCUGGAGUUUAUGUCUCUAUCGUUUCGUUUUUCACAGUCUUAUUUUUGUUCAGAUACUGGACAAUGAUGAGUAGCCCUCGGCUGGAAACUUUCAAAGGAUGGAGAAUCUUAAUUCUUGUUAGUUGGUCAGUAAUCUUCGGGAUUAUUGGAGGUGGAGUUGUCUUGUAUUUCGGAUGGAUUGAUAGCUAUUCUAGAGAUUAUAUGAGAGAUGUCAUGUUGGAACAUUAUGAUCUAGAUGUAAACCAUGUCUCUGGGUACACUGUCAUCGCUUAUGACCAGAAUGGAAACCUUCGUUGGAACGCUUUCGGAUUCUCAUUCGGUAUCAUUUUCUUAAUGGAAAUCCAGUUUGCUAUUAUAACGUCUCCUACACUGACGUUCUACAUUCCUGCAGUUGCCAUUCUAACUGUCCCUUUUCUAAAUCUCGAAUGGAGUCUUCCAACUGGUUUAAUCGUUUGCUCAUUCUCUAUUUAUCCACCAAUUGAUUCUCUCAUUCUCAUGCUUAUUGUAUCUGACUAUCGGAACGCUAUCAAGGGUCUGUUCAAACAUCCAUCCAACAUUUUUGGUACGAAGACAACAGUCACUGUGGCCAGUCAUGGAGUCGUGUUUGCUACGAGAGCAAUGGUUAAAAAUGCUUGGGUCUCAUAA